UAUGAAGAUGCAGAAAACAUGGAUACUAAUAAUGAAAAAAGAGAAGAAUGCAUGAGAUAUGUAUCAUCUUCCUCUUAAUCUUGCUCCAUCAGAUGGGUAAAGCUCAACAGUUUUAUUCUGAAAGGCUUGAGUGGAAGUCGUCUUUCCAGAUGAUUUCAAGCCUGACGCUCUUGUGCAGAGGAGAUAAGUUGGAGGCUCUGUGUAGGAGCGCUCACACGCUCAGAGACAGUGAUGGGAGGACGCCUCAGUUCUCGUACGCCAGGCUCACCCGAUGACAUCUUCAGAACCAGUUUUCUGAUUUUUGCUGCAAGUAAGGACUAAAACACUGACUUUUCAAACCGACCUCCGGUGGGAGGUGAACACUAUCCAUUGCAUUGCAUUUCUAUUUUUUUAUUUCCAUUCUGGCUAAAAUUUGCGUUUGGGUGAAAUUGCGCAACGACCGUCCGGGAAUUAAACCAUGACUGAGGUGUGAGGCAAAUCUAUCAAAAUGCCUUAGAAUAGGAUUGUAACUUUUUUCCACGGUGUUCCUAUGGAAUACAGCUUGAUUUUGCACAGUUUACAUGUUGUGCCAUCAUCCCACGUGAGGAACAAACUCUUUGUGUUCUGCAUAAUGUUGUCCCUUUGGGUGUACAUGAUCUAUUGCUGCGUUGGCUACUGUUCCACCUCGCCGAACCUGCUGUACGGCUCUCUGAGCAGGCACGAAAACGAUGCUGAAGUUGACCAUCUAAAGUCAUCUUUAGGGGCGUCCAGGGACUUACUGAACAACGAAAACGAGGUGGACAGCAGGGGAGACGACUGGGAUGAAAUGAGAGGCGAGGCAAAGUCGCUGGAUGAUAAUGCCAUGUCAAGUUUCCUAAAUGAGACGGAGAGUAAAAAGCUGCCCCAGGCCAUCAUCAUCGGGGUUAAGAAAGGAGGAACCCGGGCGCUCCUGGAGUUUCUGAGACUGCACCCAGACGUCCGGGCGGUGGGAGCGGAGCCGCACUUCUUCGAUCGGAACUAUGAGAAGGGACUGGAAUGGUACAGGGAGUUGAUGCCCAAGUCAUCAGAGGGCCAGCUGACCAUGGAAAAGACCCCCAGCUACUAUGUUACAAGGGAAGUUCCAGCUCGGAUCUACUCCAUGUCCAAAGACACCAGGCUGAUUGUAGUGGUUCGGGACCCUGUCACACGAGCCAUCUCAGACUACACUCAGACUCGCUCCAAGAAGCCAGACAUCCCAUCUUUUGAGAGCCUGACUUUCAAGAACAUGUCAGCGGGUCUAAUUGACACUACAUGGAGUGCUGUUCAAAUUGGCAUAUAUGCCAAGCACCUGGAGCGUUGGCUUCAGUUCUUCUCCAUGGAGCAGCUGCUGUUUGUUAGCGGAGAGCGUCUCAUUACUGACCCUGCAGGUGAGGUGGCUCGUGUCCAAGAUUUUCUUGGACUCAAGAGGAUAGUCACGGAGAAGUAUUUCCACUUUAACCCAGCAAAAGGCUUCCCCUGCCUUAAGAGACCAGAGGGAAACAGCAAGCCACACUGCUUGGGCAAAACCAAAGGCAGGACCCAUCCCAACAUUGACCCGGAGGUUGUGCAGAGGCUAAGGGACUUUUAUAAACCAUUUAACAGUAAGUUUUACAAGAUGACUGGUCAUGAUUUUGGCUGGGAUUAAGAGACAGACUCAGGGUGAGCUCCUGCCUGGACUUUUUAAAAUAGUAUCAUUCAGGUUAUAUUGUUCUAUAGUGUCUGUACAGUAUUUGGUGGUCUAAAAAGCUCAGAGGUCUAUUUUAUUAUAAUUUAUUGUUAUGAUAUUAACUCACUAAAAGGCUUGGCCAGGUUGUUUCAUGGUCUGGUUUCCAUGUCCCACUUGAUGGUUUUUCUAAGAACAAUCUUUUUUUUUUUUUUACAUGUAUUAUGAACAAGGUCAAUGUUAUUUAAAAAAAUAUAUGUAUAUUUUUCCUUUUUUGGAUUAUGUUUCACCUGAGGCCAAUUGAAAUCCACAUCCACAACAAACGGGUAAUAUCCCCUUAACAUUUGCCAGACCCACAGUGGACUGUGGACCCACUUAGUCAGGUCGAUAAAGGCCCCAGCUGAUCCAGCGUAACACACACAGGUGGAUCAAUACAGCAAUAGCUCCUCAUCAUGUCAGUUAGACCUGAGUGAUGGCAUUGCUGUGAUCUCUUGAGGAUCUAGAUAACAUUGAUCCGUCAGUGGCCGUGCGUUCACGGUUGACCCAUGAGCCAAAUUCAAGUUAAUAUAAGGGCCCUGCAAUUUUCUUACUUAACCACCAUUUUUAUUAUUGACCCAAGAGGAGUCCAGCCAUCGUGCUGUUGGGGAUGUUAUUAUCAGUUUUCCAUAGAGCUGCUGCACAGGCUUCAUAAUGCCUAAACAGAAAAUGAUUUUCAGAAAGUUAUAUGAGUCCAUGACAUUUAUUGAUCUCUACUGAAAUAGCUUGCAUUGAUCACUCUGUGCAGCUUUUUCCCUCCAUCUGAUAAUUCUCUCUGUUUCCAAAACACAUUGGUAGAAAUAAGCAUCUCCUUUUGAACUUUUUCUGACACCCGAGGAGAAUUAGAAUUGCCCCCCCCCCCCCCCC